CGCGCCAAGGUUGCCUGUAGCAGUACUGGGAAGUAGAGCGUGCAACGGCGUCUUAUUUUAGGGCGGUCGAGCUUCGCCGUGUCUGCGCGAACUGCAGAGAAGAAAAUCAAUGGCGAACGAACUGGAGGAAUUAGUGGGCUUUCUCUCCUCCCCCUCUCCUCAAGUUACACAGGCGGCUGUGGAUAUUGUUCGGGGAUUAACGGGCUCUGAGGAUGGCUUGCAAUCUCUUGCCAAAGACGCGAAGAUCGUUCUUCCGUCACUAUCUCGACUCUUAAGGGCACCAAAGGAGGUGUCAGGACCUGCAGCGGAAGCUCUUGUAAAUCUUUCACAGAAUUCGGAUCUCGCAGCAAAGAUGGUUGAGAUGGGAAUGAUCAAAAUGGCCAUGGAAAACCUAUAUAAGCCAGACUCUGGCAAUGGGCGAUUACUCGUUAUGCUUCUAGUCAAUCUCACGCAGUUGGAUGCUGGGAUUGCUUCAUUGCUACAGACUGAAGACGAGAAGAUGCACGGACUGUAUGUUAUGAAGCUUGUGAGAUCAUUUUGUAGAACCUCCAGUGAAAGUAGUGAUGAUCCAUUUGAACAUGUCGGUUCAAUACUUGUAAACAUCUCAAAGCUGGAAGCAGGAAGGAAACUUUUACUGGACCCUAAACGAGGGCUUCUGAAGCAGAUUAUUAGACAGUUUGAUUCAAGUAGUCCACUGAGAAAGAGGGGGGUUUCUGGAACAAUUCGGAAUUGUUGUUUUGAAGCUGAGAGUCAGCUACAGAAUUUGCUUUUGAUAUCAGAGUUUCUUUGGCCAGCUUUACUUCUACCAGUCGCCGGUAACAAGAUUUAUAAUAAACAGGACACAUCAAAAAUGCCACUUGAGCUUGCAAGUGCACUCUCGAUUGAGCGUGAACCUGUUACCGAUCCUGAAAUACGAGUACAAGCACUGGAGGCUGUUUACUUGAUCUCAUUACAGGAGGCAGGUCAAAGAGCUUUUUGGUCUGUCAAUGGACCAAGAAUACUUCAAGUGGGGUAUGAGACUGAGGAAGAUACAAAAGUAAUGGAAGCAUAUGAACGGGUUGGCUCCUUGCUGAUUCACAACAGUGACACAGAGGAACCAUCCACAGAGACAUCAAGUUAGCAGUUCUGUUUCAUGAUUCCCAGUUUACUUUCUCAGCAUAACAGUUGGGAAAGUUGUUCUCAACAUGUAAUUUAGAUCGUAUCCCAUAAAAAGGUUGGGGCCGAAGGGCUGGAUGGGAGGAAUUUUCGCAUUCGUUGGUUGUAUCCUUCAAAAUCAAAGGUAGAGCUUAAAAGGUACAAGCCAUGACCAGUGUUCUUUUUGGCUUGUAGAGUAAUGUAGACAGUAAUAUUUAAAAGCUUGUGAGCCACGUGCAUUUUUAUUGGUCUGGGGUGACAUUUGGUUUGUUAUGUGUCAUUUCACAACCAUAUGUACGUCUUACCUCAGAACUUUUACCCCCAAUUGAACAGCUCAGAUUGGUAUGAAGAAUUGUACCCGAAAGGGAAUAAUUAAACCA